AUGAAAAAUCAUUAUAAAAUUCAUGCACAAAAUUAUGAAACUUUUGAUCAUAAUCAAGAUGAUAUAUUACCAUCACUAGCAAUAAAUGAUAUAAUAAACAAUUCAGAUCAAAGUCAAUCAAUAACAACAGCAGCUUUGGUAUCUGUAGUUAAAAUCAAAAUGUUUGUUUGGCUUCGAUCAGAUUUUGAUUCGAGUUCAACAGCAGCACAACUUGCAAAUAAUAGUGUUACACGUUUCAUGAAAAAAUUAUGUGUUAAAGAAAAUAACGAUGAAUCACAAAGAAAAGAUUUAGUUCACUUACUUUUGUUAAGUGUCUUCUGA